GUGCUUACUUGCGGUGGAACAGGAGCCAAAUGUGGCUGCCCUUUGAUGGCGUCACAUGGCGGCGCAAAUCAAUCUGAGGUCGACUACAAACCAUUCGCAGUGCGCUUCCGCUUUCAUGAAGACAUUGAAUUCCAAGACGAAGACUAGCCCCCAACUUCAACAUGAAAAAACAACCUCAUGAUCGCUUUCAUGAGACUCUUACCCCGAAGUCUCACAUCUGAAUAAUGGCCACAGCAACCCCAUCCAAUUUCUCCACCUCUGGCGGCUUCAUCCGCCCCCACAACACCACCGCCCUGCCCUCGCCAGCUCCAAGUACAGCAUCAGCCCGCGCCGCCGCCGGUCUUCCACGUCCUCGUUCCAAGCCCCUCGUCCCGGGAUCUCGGAAAGAAGAGUAUGCGCGUCAAUAUGUCUCGCAGCGCAUGCUGCACAUCUCGCGGCGCUUUCACAAGAAGCUUGGCGGCGCGUUUGCCGACCCGGACGAUCCAACGGCCGGAUACGUUGCCUUUGACGACAUCUGUGACGAUCUGAGCGGGGUGGUGGAUGUCCUCUGGUUCUCGGGGACUCCCAAUAUCCAAAUCCCCUUCCUCCUCGAUGUCGCAUUAGCUAUAACCGAGUACCUACCCGCCUUUCCUCCAGCGCCGCGCCCGACUUUCACUCUUCUUAAGAAGCUCGACCACUGCUUUGCUAGCCUGCUUAGUGGAAAAGACAUCCGCACCCACCAGCCGCUGACCGGGCUCGAGCCCGCGCUGCUCAGUCGUCGCGGCAUGACGCGCACCGACAUGGUGCGCUGCAAGAGCUUAGCCGAUGAGACGCGACUGCAGGUCGCCAACAAGAUGAGCGGCGAGGCCGACGUUGAUACGUACUUGUCUGAUGACGACGACUUUGAGCUGGGAGGAAAGAGGCAGGGUAUCCGCCAUGAUGGACAUCUUGCGGAGAAGACUGAGAUUGCCGAAGAGACGGACGAGGGGACGUCUACAGCGGAUGACACAGAAUCAAGGGACAGUGCCGACUCGUCUGCCUGGACAGUGAAAUCUGAGGACAAUAACGACAGUGACUAUCUGCCGCCGGCCUCGACGAGACGAAAGGGGAAAUCAUCUGGCGAUAAUUAUGUACCGACGGCCCCGAGGACGCGAAAGCGCAAAGCGGGCGACGAAAAUGGGGAGACCCAGACAGCUUCUCUAUCUCCCAAACGACAAAAGACGGUAUCACCGCCAAUCAAAAUGGAAAAUCUCACGCCGGUGAUAUUCUCGACAGCACCGCCAGCAGCAGAGGGAAACAGGGCCAGCAAUGGGGGUCAAUUUCAAUGGAGUGUGGACGAGGAUUCGGAUCUUGACGAUGAAGAUGAUGAAAUUGCCCGUCAGGCUUCCUCUCCCGCUAUAAGCUUAGGGAACGCCGGGACGCAGCAACGACAAGGAACACCCCAAAGUAGAGCUUCAGCUGUGGAUGAAGUGGAGUCAGAACGAGAGGAAGAACUGCCCAGUGACGAGGAUGAUGAGUUUCACAUGAAUGUAGCUAAAGUCUACGAAAAGACCAUUGUCGAGAUUGGGAAUAGGUUGGGCCAAACAUCUUUAGAAUCUCUCGUCGAUUACAUUUAA